AUGGCGGCGGCCUCUGAGCGGGUGGGUGUGGGGGCCAUGCAGGCCCCGGGCGACGGUGCGGGCGGCGCGGACGGCGCGGACGGCGCGCAGAUCCUGGACGACGGCGCCGGUGGUGCGACGGGUAGUGCUGGCUCGUCCAGUGGCCCCGGAAAUCCCGGAGGCCGGGACGGCACCGCGACGUCGGGCACCGUGGCUGGGGAAGCUCCCCAGGUCGAGGGGGCAUCGCCCGCCCCAAGGCAGGGGGGAGAGGCUUCGGCCUCGGCCUCGGCCUCGGCCUCCGGGGAUGCCUCAGAAAAGCAAGUGUUGGAAUUUGCCCUCACGGUGCCUUUCCUGUGUUACGUGGAUGCGGAGCUGACCUACCAGUACCUGACCUCGAGUGCCGAAUGCUACCACGAAGCGGUUCACACGGAGCUCACAGUGAUUGGCAGUGACUUGUUUAUCCGACUAACUGCUGAAGACCCUGUCCUCCUGCAGAUUUCCACCGCCUCCUUGCUCAACCAGCUUUCCAUGGUGGUGCAGACCAUGCAGCACUUGGUGCCCGCGAUUUUUUCUAGGCCUCGGCCUGGAAAAGGGGGCUGA